AUUAUCACUGCUCUUGCUAAGGACUUAGACACCACUAUCCCGUACACAACAUUUUGUAGUACUCGUUGACUUUUUCUACACCUGACUUUUUUUUUUUGGAGGGGGGAUUAUUAGGUGGAAGGUAAGAGUGGAAGACCUCAUGUUUGCCUGUUUUGACGUUGCAAAGUUUUGGAAUAAGAAUUAUGGUGCAUGACUUUGUAGCCUGCAUGGCCAUGGGAUUCUGACUCUCCCGGGUGCAGAGUGUUGAAUGAGGGGUCUGGCUGGGAAUUGAGUGCAGGGGUGACCGGCGGACUGAAGGACGGGUGGGCUUUGUGCUCGCCUGCUGUGACAGGGUCUGCAGCUCUUGACCAGCAGCCCUCAUGCCACUCAUCAACAACAAAGUGGGUGACGAUGGCACUACCAGUUCACCAAAGACUCUGGAAGAGGGGAAGGUUCUUAUCGAUUCACUCAUAAAGGUGGUGGCAUGUUACCACCACCUGGCCUCGUGUGUGGGUGGGUGCACGGACAGCUUGCACCUGCGUGAUGAGCUGCGGCUAACGCGGGAGAAGGCCCAGAAGUUAGCAGUGGCCAGCCGUCACCACCUCACGGCACGGCUACGGGAUAAGACACUGCCCCAGGAGGAGAGACAGGAGAUGGAACUGCUCUGGGUGGCCUUCACCUCCAGUCUGGAACUCCUACACGCAGACAUGUGCAAAGUCUUCAACAUGGGUUCCAACUUCUCCCUGAUCAAUAACAACACCUUCGUGCAGACUGGCAUACAAGGGGAAACCAGCGAGGUGACAGCGCGGGCCCUCAGCCUGACAGAACUAACCCGCGCCGAGGACCAGGUUCCCGCCAGCCUGGAGGAUCUGGAGCAGAGCCAGCUGGAGGAGGAGAUCGCCCAUGUGGAUGUCAUGCUGGAGGACAUGGAGGAGAAGGUCAACGUCCUGCGCUGGAUGGUGGAGGCCCGCGGGCCCCAGUACGCCGAACCGGCCAGCACGGACAGCGCCUCGUUGGGCCUCUUGUCCACGGACGAGGAGGCAGGUCCCCAAAGCCAGCAGUGCUGCGAGCGCAGCCAGGUUUUCAUGGUGCUGGUGCUGUGCAGCGUGGCAGUGGUGAUGGUCGUGCUGUCCGUCUGCGUGGUCUAUCUCUCAUGAGGAGGCUUGUCACCAGUGGAUUUCACCCAGGUUUUGUUGAGCCGCUAAAAUCAGUAGGACCUUAUGUUGCCAUAAAUUCCAUCCUCAUGUCAAUUGAUACCCAAAAAUAUGGUUGUUGAAUGAAACCGGUGUUGUUGAAAGGGCGGGGUACUUUACAUAUUUCUUUAUUUGAAUAAAGACCACAUUUAAAAUGAAUACACUCCAGAUUACACAGUUUGACGCUCCCAUUUCUGUUAGAAAGUCAAUAUCAAACACAUUCAAAAAGAGUUAGAUGCCCUGUGCAAUGUACUUUAGCUAAUGUAAUGUAUUGUAGUGGAAUGAAAUUGAACCAUUUAUGCUCUUUACUAAUGUAUGCUGACUACUGUAUAUGAUAGUAAGGUUCAUGAAUUUUUAUUAAAAUGCAUUGGACAUAAUCUGUUUAUACAACUUGACAGUGGUUGACAAAGUACACCCACCACAUUUAGGUCCAUGUUGUCAUUGACACUGAAGGUGUUUGUGCUGCCAGAUUACAAUGAAGAUCUUUGCACAUGAGUGCAAUGUGUGGAAGCAUAUCAGUUUGCUGACCUCUUGUGAAUAUUACAUUCUAAUGAAGAAUUUCAUGUGAAUAUUCUCAAUAUUGUGGCUUCUAUGUCACUUCAACCAAUAGGUUAGCUUACUGCAUUACUGAUACUAUAUCCAGGCUUUCGCAAUACAGUAAUUAUUGCAGGAAUAUGUGUAGUACUUGUGUAGUAUUCUGUUUGUAUUCUGUUUUCAGAGUCCUCCCUAACCCAAAUACCAUAAACCUGACCCGGGUCUGGAACGGGUUCGGCAAUAAAUCAAAUGGGACAUGUGUUGCUGUGUCCCCAGCUUCAGAUUCAGGCUAGCAGUUGUGCCAGCAAUGCAAGCAAACAGGAAGACUUUUCCACUCAAGGCACAUGAAAAAUACAAACAUUGUAAGUGACAUACAGUAGCUGAGAAUGUGUUUCCUAAACACAGUGGACGGCCUGUGCACAAUUUCAUAUAUUACCAAGGAUACACAGGGCCGGACUACCGCAUUUGGGGCACAGAGGCACUGACACGAUUUUUUGUGAUGAUAUAUUUUUCAGUUUUAUAGCUAAUGCUAUUGUAGAUAUUUUGUCAAGAGAAAAUGUUGCAGUUUUAAAGUUAAUUUCUGCAAUUCUAUACUAUUUGCUAUGGGUCAGAGACAAAAAUGUGCUGUUUUAUAGCUCAUCUAAUGCUAUUGUUCACAUUUUGCCAUGAGGCUGAGAGAAAAUGUUGCUGUUUUAAAGCUAAUUACCUGCUAUUCUACACAUUUUGCCAAGAGACUGAGAGAACAUUUUGCAGUGUUUAAGCUAAUUUCCUGCUAUUCUACACGUUUUGCUAUCAUAUGCUAUCUGGGGGGCCCCCGACCUCCAGGUGGUCCCCAACCCUGUUCGGUAAUCCGGCCCUGAGGAUACAGGUCAAGGCAUUAACUAACGUCUCUUAAUUCCAUAUUCCAAAAGUAAAACCAAAGGUUUGGGUUGCUUCUGUAUUAAAUGGUAAUCUGCUAAAUCUGUAAAUCAACACCCAAGCUGUGGUGUAAAAACUGUGAAUACCAUAUUAUAUUUCAUUAACAGAGCAUUACAAUUUUUAAUGAACUGCAGUAGUAUAGUAAUAGCUUAUGUAAUAAAUAAUAUGUACAUGUUUAUUCAUACCCAUCAACUGUAAUUAGUAAACUCAGCAAAAAAAGAAACGUCCUCUCACUGUCAACUGCGUUUAUUUUCAGUAAACUUAACAUGUGUAAAUAUUUGUAUGAACAUAACAAGAUUCAACAAUUGAGACAUUAAUAACUGAACAAGUUCCACAGACAUGUGACUAACAGAAAUUGAAUAAUGUGUCCC